AUGGGUGCGAACAAUGGGAAACAGUAUGGAAGCGAAGGUAAAGGAAGCUCCAGCAUCUCCUCCGACGUGAGCUCAGGCACAGAACACACACCAACCAAAACUCCAAAAAAUGUGGCUACCAGUGAAGACUCAGACCUAAGCAUGCGGACUCUUAGCACGCCCAGUCCUGCCCUCAUCUUGAAUCCAAACUCCCCGCCCCUGUCCUCCCAAACAGUCACCAAUGGCUUGGAGUCCUCCCCUUCCGGCUGCGGCGUUCCUGGGGAAACUGUUACCAUGGUGCAGGUUCACGCACCUCCAGGCACACGUCCCUCGAAGUGCCCUCAUCCUGCAUUCAUUGACCUUCUGCCAGACCAGGUCCUCCUACAGAUCCUUGCCCACCUCCCCACGCCACAGCUGUGUCGUUGUGCCCGUGUGUGCCGACGUUGGUACAACCUAGCAUGGGACCCUCGGCUUUGGAGAUCCAUCCGACUGACUGGAGAACAGCUUCACGCUGACCGGGCCUUAAGGGUGCUCACCCAUCGACUUUGCCAGGACACACCAAACGUGUGCUUGACCCUGGAGACAGUGGUGGCCAGUGGCUGCAGGAGACUCACCGACCGUGGGCUACACGCUGUGGCCCAGUCCUGCCCAGAGCUCCGGAGACUGGAGGUAGCCAGUUGCUACAAUGUGUCCAACGAGGCUGUGUUUGAAGUGGUGUCCCGCUGCCCCAACUUGGAACAUCUGGAUGUCUCAGGCUGUCCUAAAGUGACCUGUAUCAGUCUGACCCAGGAAGCCACAUUACAGCUGUCUCCUCUGCACGGCCAGCAAAUUUCUAUCCGUUACCUGGACAUGACAGACUGCUUCUCCCUGGAGGACGAGGGCUUGCGUACCAUAGCGGCGCACUGCCCGCGACUCACGCACCUCUACCUGCGACGCUGCGCUUACCUCACUGACGAUGCCAUGCGACAGCUGGCGCUGCACUGCCCAGCGGUGCGAGAGCUAAGUCUUAGCGACUGCCGUCUGAUCGGUGACUUUGGUUUGCGUGAGGUGGCACGUCUGGAGGGACAGCUGCGUUACCUUAGCGUGGCGCACUGCGUCCGCAUUACCGACGUCGGUGUACGAUACGUGGCACGGUACUGCCCGCGUCUGCGCUACCUGAACGCGCGCGGCUGCGAAGGACUGACGGACCACGGCCUGGGCCACUUGGCGCGCAGCUGCCCCAAACUGCGCUCGCUGGACGUUGGCAAGUGCCCGCUGGUGUCAGACGCAGGACUGGAGAUGUUGGCGCGCAGCUGCGUUGGACUACGGCGGCUUAGCCUGCGGGCGUGUGAGAGCGUGACGGGGCGUGGGCUUCGAGCGCUGGCCCAAUAUUGCAGUGAGCUGCAGCUGCUCAACGUACAGGAGUGCGAGGUGCCGCCGGAGGCCCUGCGAUCGGUCCGUCGUCACUGCAGGCGCUGUAUCAUCGAGCACACGAUCCCCGCCUUCUACUGAGGAGGGGGCGGGGUGAAGGACGGAGUCACAGACAGAGGAUGGACAUCUGACAAGUGGAUGUUUUAUUUUUAAACUUCCUGCAUUAAUUCAAUUGCAUUUAGAGGAGGGUGGGCCUGUUUGGGGUGUAUUGAAAUUAUGUGCAAUACUUUUGUAGC